CAAAAACCAAACACUUUUGCUACUUACUUCACUCUCUCUCUCUCCUUGCUCGAUUUUCUUCCAUUGGAGUGUUCAAUUUGCUCUCACUCUCUGUUCUUAUUCUCCCCUCAUCGUCUCUCCCAACCCUCAGUUUCAGCUGCUCGCCGGAGUAUCUCAAGCGGUGUUUGCAGCCGUCUCUCUUUGCAUCUCUAAUUCUGACACCACCGGUGCGAAUUAGGGCACUCAUCGAAGGCUAUCUAUAGCUUCCAGUGAAUUCGCACAUCUCAUGCUCCACCAAAAGCUAAUCAGUCUCAUUCAAUAGCCCCCUUCCCCGAUGAAUAAUCACUCUGUGCCGCCGAGCACUAGCACCACCGGUCUUGUAUUUCCGGCGAAUUACGGUAUAAAACCUGAAGCUGCUUUGGUCAUGGAUUGGUCCCUUGAGGAGCAGUAUAUUUUGGAGAACGGUCUUGCAAAAUUAAAAGAUGAACCGAAAGUUUCAAAGUAUGUAAAGAUCGCUGCAGCUCUGCCAGAUAAAACUGUAAGGGAUGUAGCAUUGAGGUGUAGAUGGAUGACGCGAAAACGAAGAAAAAGAGAAGAAAAUGGUGUUGGGAAGAACAUUAGCAAUAGAAAGGUGGUGGAUACAUCCCCAGAACUGAACAUGCUAGCCAAUGUGCCACAACAAAAUGCUUUAUAUGUCAUGAACAAUAUGCGUCACAGUACACAUAUGCCUUUUGAAGGUCUAAGUGACGCAGUAAUGGGUCGUCUACAGCAAAACGCUCAAGCUUUUAGUCAAAUUUCUUACAACCUCUCUGCGUACAAGCUGCAGGAUAACAUCAAUCUUCUUUAUCAGGCAAGAAAUAACAUCAACGCCAUUCUGACUGACAUGAAGGAGAUGCCUGGUAUCAUGAGUCGGAUGCUGCCUCUACCUGUUGCAAUUAACGAUGAUCUUGCCAACCGUUUAUUUUCGAGUACAACACAGCCAAUAUCAUACACCACUCAACCAAGCAUCCACCUAAAGCAAGAGCCGAGAAUUUGAUGGGGAAAGCUGGAUUUUGACGGAUGCUAAAGAAAAUAGCACAAGUACAUGGUAAGUGGAAAUGUUUCGUGAUCGAUAUGACACAGACGCACAAGAGUUUAUCAACUGCAGACACCGCUCCAGAACACACACGAGAUUUGACAACCGGCACUAGCAGAAUACUUGUGCUCUGAGAAGAAUGAACUACAGGCCGCGUGAGGCCAAGGUAAAAACUCCUUGGCCUUCACUAGAACAUAAGAUUCCUUGAAAUUUAUAAAAGAGUUCUGGCAUGGGAUGAUGGAACUCUAAAGCCCUUUGCUGUAAUCAUGCUGAUGCUUAAAUUAGUAUAAUGAAUAGUUCUUCUGAGUUUAGUAUGUGUAAUACUUAUCCUCGUUCAGGUAAUUUUUUGUAACAGUAUUUAAAAUGUACCAUUUGUAGUUUCCCAUAAAAUUAUAUGAAACCAUGUCAACA